UCGGCGCGGUGCGCGGCGCGGGGCGGCGGGGGGCUGGGGGCUCGGCACGGCUCGGCACGGUUCGGCUCGGCACGGACAGCCAUGGAAUUGAACUCUCUGUUAAUUCUGCUGGAAGCGGCCGAGUACUUGGAGAGAAGAGACCGAGCGUUCCUGCAAAGGAGGAAAAAAAUGCAUGGAAAAAAUAUAUUGCCACUAAUGCUGACUUUGUCCCUAGAAGCAGAACAUGGCUAUGCAUCAGUGUUACCCUUCGAUAGUGACUAUUCCAGAAAGAAAACAAAGGCAGGCACCAUGGCCAGAAAAUCCCAGAAUAACAGAGAUGCUUCCGUCACCAGGAUCACCUGGGUAUGCCGCAGCAUCCAGCCGCCUGCGCCUGUGCGGGGAGAGGCAGAACAGCUUUGCCACUGGGCACGUCGUGCAGUUGUGCAGGAGGAGUUUCUCACCCUGGGAUGUCUCUGCUCAUUCGAUGGACUGUGCACUUCCACCUCCACAAAGGCGUCCCGGUCGUCACACAAUGAACUAGAAAAACAUAGGCGGGCUAAACUGCGGCUAUAUUUGGAACAGCUAAAACAGCUUGUGCCUCUCGGGCCGGACAGCACCAGACACACCACUCUAAGUCUGUUGAAAAGAGCUAAGAUGCAUAUCAAGAAAUUGGAAGAACAGGACCGAAAAGCUCUAAAUAUUAAAGAACAAUUACAGCGGGAACACCGCUACCUCAAACGCAGAUUGGAGCAGCUAUCCGUGCAGGGCAUGGAGCGUAUCCGCACUGACAGCAUGGGAUCAACAAUAUCCACUGACUCUGAACAAGAAGUAGACAUUGAAGGAAUGGAGUUUACUCCAGGUGAAAUGGACAGUAUUGGAAGUGCCAGUGAUGCUGAAGACCACUACAGUUUGCAAAGCGGUUCGAGUGACGGAGGUUACACACAUUCCCGCAGACUGAAUGCCAGGCUCUCAUAGUGCCUGAGUUACCUGUUCAACUCAGGACCAUCUGACUGAAGCACUUAUACAUGAAUAUUCCAGAAGUGUCAACUGCCACUCUUCCGGGAAACCCCAACCACAGUACCCUGACAUGGAGGUUUCUUACCCAUGGUUCCCUGCACUGUAACCACAAUAUUAGAUAUUGUAAAUCAUGGGUUUGCUGCAGAGAACUGUGGUUAGGUACAGUUGUGACUUAAAGCUAGCUUGAUGUAGCCAUACUGCAAAUUAAAGAAAAUAAAUUAUGUCAUUCCAUUCAAGAAGUAUUAAAUUCAAGCUGUUGGAAGCAUGGUGUAAGGGAGUUUGACAGUUAUUUUGAUUUUGCAGAAACCAUUUUCAAACAUAGAAUAAAUGGAACCUACAAUGUGUUAGUGAUUCGGAGAGAUGGGAACCUACAACUACUUUUUGUGGUAUUUUUUUCAUGGAAAAAAAAACAACACCCAAACCAUUUUGAAUGCUGUAUAGCUUGCUCUCUAGAAUAAAUUCUUUCAGCAGUUGUUUGGUGAAGCAGCCAGAUAAAUCUUCAAAUCUCAGAUGAUCUUUAGAAAAGGUCAUAUUUGCAAGUCACUACUGUACUUCAAAAUGGGGGAAAAGCCAGCUCUAAUAAUGACUUCAUGUGGGAUGAUCUCAACUUUCUUUUGCUUUUUUGUUUUCAAUAUCCAACCAGCAGCAAAUCGUUCUAUCCAUGUUAACAGGACUAACAGAAAGCAACGCUGCGUUUUUAACCUGUUGUCAUGGAACGGAUGACAUUUGAAGCAUUUCAGUGGUUUUUCUGGGUGUUUUUUUUUCAUUUCUUUGUCUGAAGAAUACAGAACUCAAGCAAUCCAGUUGGUGAUAGCUAAUCUUUCCUUGCAAGGAAAUUAAAUCUCUGCUUGUAUUUUUUUUUCUCUUUUCUAUUUACACAUGUCAAUACAUUUUUAUGGAAGGCAUGGCUUAAAAUUACAGUAUUCAGCUAGAAGAUAAUUAAUCUUUUUCUUUUGCACACUAUAAUUGCAUUUUCUAUUCUUAAAAAAGUGCAAAAAAAUGUAAAAUGUAUGCUGUAAAACAGCAAAGUUUAUUUAGUACUCAUCAAGCUGUUCAGAACAUAUUUACCCAAAUUGUAGCAAUACUAUGAAGAUGUAUUUUAAUACAACUUCUGCAUAGUGAAGUCAUUAGAGCUUGGCUUGCCGGGUAAGAAAAAAAUGGACCAGUCUUUGCAUUAUCUGUUUAAAGAAGGUCUUUUAAAAAAAAAAAAAAAAUAGAAGGAAAAAAAAAAAGAAAAAAAAAUUUAAAAAAAAAGAAGAAAAAAGCUAUAAACACUUUUAGGGAAGUGAUUUUAGCAAGUGUAGUCUAUAUUUCCUGUAAGAGAUUUUGUAUUAUAUUUUCCUAAAUGUUCUCAUUUACUUGUAUAGGGAGGGGAAUGGUACAGACCCAGACCAGAGUCUCAGGGACUCUUCACCUUUGUCAUAUUGUGCCUUGGUGACCAUUUAUGUAUGCCUCUCCUUUUCAUUGUUUAAAGGACAACUAAGCUUUGUUUCAAGACCCUCUGUUCGAAUGGUCAGUUGUCCACCUUCCUACAGAUGAAGCAGAGAGGUGUAUUUAUAUCUUCACCCUCUCACAACUGAUUCAGUGUGGCUUUAAGUAAAAUCAUGAAAUUAGGUUUUGGUGUGAGGGUUAAUUGUCUUUGUAUAAGCCCUCAUUUGGAUUCUUCAGCACCCAGAUCUGUAUUUUGUUAGCUUAUGAAGUCAGGGUCUCUGUGAGACCAGUGCUCAGUGGCUAGGGGAACACAGGAGUACUGUGUAAGGCUAUGGGAUGUCCAAGUGUGGUGCCAUAUUUAGCAUUCAGAUACAAGACCUCAUGACAGACUGACCAUAAUGAUGAAAAACAAAGAUUCAGUUGUUCUUUCAACAUCUGACAUACGUGUCCUCCCUUUGGCUCUUACAACACGGAGUAGAAAUACGAAUACAUUUUGUGGCAGCUUACAGAUCCUUGUUUGCACUCUCGCUUACUGCUUGGAACUUGCCAACAAGGAAAACCUAUAUGUUUAAUUUACAUAACCUAAUGGCGGGCCAUCCCUGCUUUGGCUCUGGGGAGGGGCCUAAGGUUAUAAACUCUGGCAGCUGAAAAAAAAACAAUUAACCUUUUCUGUGAUGCAGGUUUUGGUAUUAUGUUCUAUACACCUUGCAUAUUACUAAAAUCCUCAUUGUUGGGGAAAGCACACAGCAAUAUACUCAUUGUGUGUAGCUGACAAGCAGCAGAAAUUACUAGCUCCUUUGGUGCAUAUGUAACUAAUUUCCAAAUCAUGGAAAAAAAAAAUACAAACAACAAGAGUUUACUUUAACACGCGACUGUUAACAGGAAAAAAAAAAAGGCUAGUAUAUUGUUGCUGUUCAUUUAUUAUAUAAUGAACAUAUUCAUGAAUUGUAAAGUGUUUCCUUUCAUGACAAGCAGCUCUUGCACAGAACCUCCUAAUGAAAAGAGAUUUGAAACUUACAGAAGGAAAAAACAAGAUUUUAAAUUGAACAUUAUUGUACCUUAGGUUGACCUGAAAUUUUCCUUUUAAAGAUGAAUGUGCUAACUUAAUGAGUUCUUCCACGCUGGGUAUCCAUGGCUUUGUAGAUCUUAUAUUUUCAAUAAAAAUUACUCGAAUAAUCUUGAGUGGAAAUAAAAA